CGCAUGGCCAAGCCGAGCGAGAAGCCCCGGCUGCGGCAGAUCCCGUCCUCGGAGGACAUGGAGGCCGAGGGGACCCUCCCCGAGGCUGCCCCGGAGGGCUCUGACCCCGCCAGGACACGCGUGGAGCCCCCCAGGCCGGGCAGCAGCGGGAAGGAGCCCGAGAGGACGCAGAAGGUGCUGCAGCCUCAGGACGAGCUGGUCCUGCAGCAGGCCUAUCUAUGGGAUUCCUACCAGCGGGUGCAGCAGCAGCUCCUCAAGCGCCAGCCCUUGGACCCCCCCGUGGUCCCCACGGGGCACAGACCCCUCUCCAGGGCACAGUCGUCCCCUGCCACUGCCAGCGUGUCCCUCCCCACCCAGGACACCCCCAAGGGCCUGGCCCUGCCCGUGCAGGAGCAGCCAGCAAAGCCACACUUCACCACAGGGCUGGUGUACGACUCGGUGAUGCUGAAGCACCAGUGCUCCUGUGGGGACAACAGCAACCACCCCGAGCACGCAGGGAGGAUCCAGAGCAUCUGGUCCCGCCUGCAGGAGCGGGGGCUGCGCGGCCGCUGCGAGUGCCUGAGGGGCCGCAAGGCCACCCUGGAGGAGCUGCAGUGCGUGCACAGCGAGCGCCACGUGUUCCUCUAUGGCACCAACCCCCUCAACCGCCUCAAACUGGACAAUGGGAAGCUGGCAGGGAUCCUGUCCCAGCGGAUGUUUGUGAUGCUGCCCUGUGGAGGGGUGGGGGUAAGUUUUGGCUACAUGACGAAGCAGCUGAUGAGCCUGGCGGGGGGGGCCGUGGUCCUGGCCCUGGAGGGGGGGCACGACCUCACUGCCAUCUGCGACGCCUCCGAGGCCUGCGUGUCCGCCCUGCUGGGCAACGAGCUGGAUCCCCUUCCCGAGGAGAGCCUGAGGCAGAAGCCCAACCCCAACGCCGUGCGCUCCCUGGAAACCGUGAUCCAGGUCCAGAGCAGGUACUGGGUGGCCCUGCACCGUUUCGCCUCCAAGCUCGGCUGCUCCUUCCUGGAGGCCCAGCGGGACCACGAGGCCGAUGAGGUGGAGACGGUGACGGCGCUGGCCUCGCUCUCCGUGGCCGUCAUGGUGGAGAAGAGGGCGCCCGAGGAGCCGAUGGAGGAGGAGGAGCCCAUGGCCCAGUGACAGUGGGGACCGUCCCCUGCCCCAGGACCUGCCCUUCCCUCCUGC